CAAGGGUAUAUUUUGUUCGAGGCCUCCUGAUGUAAAGAUCUUUUUAGGCAAUUUGCACCGACAAAAGAGAAUGUACAGACGAGAAAGCCAGGUAUGAGAGAAGCAUUCUCUUUAUUUGUGGACAAAGAAAAAGUUGGUUUGAGAUACGAAUUGCCAUAUGAUACUAACAAUAGCGUGUAUAUAUGACAUUAAUUACAUAAAGAGUAGGGAAUGUGGAGUGUCGUCAAUUUAAAGUUUUGCAUGAGCACAGAUUCUGACUUUGCUGCAAAGCCAGGCCUAAGAAUUUCAAGCAAAUUAUUAGUUCUUGUCAGGAAAUUCCAAAUGCUUGUCAGCCGUUGAUGUAUGCGAGUUCCACGGUAAGUCUCUUCAUGCACAAAAGGCUGUGAUGUACUUAAUGAAAUUCGUCCUUUCUCUCUUCAUAUAAACAGAAUCUAGAGAAACUAUUGGCAUCAUCACAAGCUGCCAGUCUCAAAAAUGUCCAAUAAGCAGUCUUUCACGGUCUGCUUCUGCUUCAAGAGAAUAUUUAGGCUCAAGGUGGCUGAGCCUCCUGAAGAUAUAAAGAACCUGUUUAAUCAGUACGCCGAAAAUGGCACCAUAACGAUCGAUAACCUUCAGAAUUUUCUGAUUGAGUUUCAAGGAGAACCCAAUGCCACCAAGGAGGAUGCUCAGACCAUUUUCAACAGUCUCAGGCAUCUCAACAUCUUUCAAAGAAAGGGUCUCCAUCUCGAUGCCUUCUUUCGGUAUCUCCUUGGUGACCUUAAUCCUCCUUUCUAUUCAAAGGUGCACCAUGACAUGAAUGCGCCAUUGGCUCAUUAUUUUCUAUUUACCGGCCACAACUCCUACUUAACAGGAAAUCAAGUCAGCAGUGACAGCAGUGUCCACCCAAUUAUAAACGCACUGCUACAAGGCGUUAGAGUUAUCGAAUUAGAUUUGUGGCCGAAUUCUAAGAAAAAUGGCGUGGAGGUUCGUCACGGAGGGACUCUUACUAGUCCAGUGGAACUCAUCAAAUGUUUGCGGGCUAUAAAGGAUCAUGCUUUUACUGCUUCUGAAUACCCUGUUGUCAUAACAUUUGAAGACCACCUACCUUCAAGUCUUCAAGCUAAAGUGGCCAAGAUGGUCACAGAAACAUUUGGACACAUGCUAUACAGCCCUCAUUCAGAAUUCAUAAUGGAAUUCCCUUCACCUGACUCAUUGAAGAGAAGGAUUCUGAUUUCGACCAAGCCACCGGAGUAUCAUGAAUCUCAGAGACCAAGGGAAUCGGGAGCCACUGAUAACAAGGACAAUGAACAAGAUGAUCAAGAUGAAGAUGAGGAGAACGCCAUUCCAGAAUAUAAGCAGUUAAUUGCAAUUCAUGCAGGGAAGCCGAAAGGUGGGCUUGAUAUAUGGCAUAUCGAUCCAAUUAAGGUCCGGCGUCUUAGCUUGAGUGAGCAAGAACUGGAAAAUGAAACCAGAACCCGUGGAUCCGAUAUUGUCAGGUUUACACAAAGAAAUUUGUUAAGGAUAUAUCCUAAGGGUGCACGUUUAGACUCAUCAAAUUAUGAUCCCAUGCUUGGAUGGACCCAUGGAGCUCAAAUGGUGGCAUUCAAUAUGCAAGGACAUGGAAAGUACCUUUGGAUCAUGGAUGGAAUGUUCAGAGCCAAUGGAGGCUGUGGUUAUGUGAAAAAACCUGGUUUUUUACUGGCCCUUGGCCCAAAUAAUGAGGCUUUUGAUCCUAAUGAACCCUUACCAGUGAAGACAAAUUUGAAGGUAAAAGUAUACAUGGGAGAAGGCUGGCAUUCAGAUUUCCACCACACACAUUUUGAUCUUUAUUCUCCUCCGGACUUUUAUGUGAGGGUUGGAAUUGCUGGAGUGCCAAAUGAUACAAAAAUGAUGGAAACCCAGCCAAUUGAGGACCAGUGGGUACCAGUAUGGAACAAGGAGUUCAUUUUCCCGUUGAGCGUUCCAGAACUGGCUGUGCUUCGAGUUGAAGUCAAAGAAUAUGACACUUCUGGGAAACAUGACUUUGGUGGCCAAACAUGUCUCCCAAUUCCAGAGCUCAGAACUGGGAUCCGAGCUGUUCCUCUGCAUAAUAGAAGAGGCCAAAAAUAUAAAUCCGUGAGGCUUCUGAUGGGAUUUGAAUUUGACAAUGCUGAAUAAAUUAA